AUGGAGGUCAACUCGCAGUACUCGAGCAGGACAGGACCGCCACAGCCGGCCCUUUCUUCUUCCACUUGCCUGGCCAGCCAGUCCGGAGAGGUGGAAUCACAGCCCACAACCGGCAGCAGCGGCAUCCUCGACUACCACGCCGCUCCCACCACGGAUCUUUUCCAGCCAGUGGUACUGUCGCCCCGGACAAAUGCCAUCAUGGCCACCGCCAUCGUCAUGGGAGUCAACGUCAACGACCAAGCGGAUAUGCAGCAGUGGCUGAACUCACAGAUCACCACGCGCCAGCAAGUGCUCCAUACGAAUCCAAAGCUACCACCACGCGGUGAUCAGACCAGAGCUCUACAACAUGAUCACCAGGUUGAUAUG